AUGCCUGAUGUUUUAAAAACAAACCAACCAAUCUAUCUAUCUAUCUAUCUAUCUAUCUAUCUAUCUAUCUAUCUAUCUAUCUAUCUAUUAAUGUUACUCUUUUCAUAUCUAUCUAUCUAUCUAUCUAUCUAUCUAUCUAUCUAUCAACAUUACUCUUUUCAUAUCUAUCUAUCUAUCUAUCUAUCUAUCUAUCUAUUAACGUUACUCUUUUCAUAUCUAUCUAUCGAUCCUUUAAUGUUACUUUUUUCCUAUCUAUCUAUCUAUCCAUCUAUCUAUCUAUCUAUCUAUCUAUCUAUUAAUGUUACUUUUUUCCUAUCUAUCUAUCUAUCUAUCUAUCUCAGUUUUGUUUAUAUCUAUCGUUUUGUUUAUAUCUAUCUGUAUAUAUCUGUAUCUAUCUGUCUAUUUAUUAAUGUUACUCUUUACAUAUCUAUCUAUCUAUCUAUCAACAUUACUCUUUUCAUAUCUAUCUAUCUAUCUAUCUAUCUAUUAACGUUACUCGUUUCAUAUCUAUCUAUCUAUCUAUCUAUCUAUCUAUCUAUUAACGUUACUCUUUUCAUAUCUAUCUAUCUUUUUGUUUAUAUCUAUCUGUAUAUAUCUGCAUCUAUCUGUCUAUUUAUUAAUGUUACUCUUUUUAUCUAUCUAUCUAUCUAUCUAUCUAUCUAUCUAUCUAUCUAUCUAUCUAUCUCAGUUUUGUUUAUAUCUAUCUGA